AUGCCUACUGAAAAAAGUGUCGACAAGUUUAUUGAGUAUGCUUCCAAAUUAAUUGCAAGCAAUCCUCUGGUAACAUUAUCCACCACAUACUCCAAUGAGUCGAAAAAGAUCUUGAAAAAACGAGCUAAAAAGAAUUCGAGUUCAGAAGACAAAGAACCCUUCGGACUGAAAAAUACUGCUGUAAUCACAUUCAAAUGCUUUGAACCAAGAAGCGGACAGUGCAUCAAAUACAAAACAUAUAAGGCUAAAGAGUUAUCAAGGUUACUAGCUUUCGUAGGACCUCGUGGUGUGAGUGUAACCCGAAAGCGUUCAAGAGAAUCCGACGAUACAGACGACAAUAUCAAGCGUCACAAAGUAGAAAUGCCCCAACAAGUACCAGGAUUAUCGAGCUUGAUGAGUAAUGUCCCAUACAAGGAGGAAGAAGUUCAAGCACCCACAACGUCAGAGGCCGCAAAGGCAUCGCCCACACCUGAAGCCAGUCAACAGGAAGCCCCCACUUCUAAAAGCAAGAACAAGAAGAAGAAAAAGAAGGGAAAGAAGUAG